AACCUCAUCUGUUUUGAAACCAAACCCAUAAAAAAAACCCCACCUAUUCCCACCACCAUGGCUUGCUGCGCCCCCUGCUGCUGCAGUGUCCCCACUGGCCCCGCCACCACCAUCUGCUCCUCUGACAAAUGCUGCCGCUGCGGAGUCUGCCUGCCCAGCACCUGCCCACACACCACCUGGCAGCUGGAGCCCACCUGCUGUGACAACUGCCCCCCACCUUGCCACAUUCCUCAGCCCUGUGUGCCCACCUGCUUCCUGCUCAACUCCUGCCUGCCCACCCCAGGCCUGGAGACCAUCAACCUCACCACCUUCACGCAGCCCUGCUGUGAGCCCUGCCUCCCCAGCUGCUGCUGACCAGUGGCUGCUGCGCUCAGCACCUGACAUGGAAGGAGUCAACCCGGAAACUUCAUUGCUCACCUGUCUCAGUACCUGCAACUGACCGACUUUGCUUUUGAAGUUGGAACAACGAUGGUGUUAUCAUCAGCAACACCCACCCCCACCACCACCACCAACAAGAAACCGAGAGACUUUCACGGCCGUGUAGCAGAUAUCAGUAACGAAGGGCAUUUUGAGCAGGGGGGAUGCCUAGGGGGUUCCCAAAGUUGUCAGUUCCUUCCUACUAAAGUGUGUCUUUCUUCGGGUGUUUGGGAAUUCUGCUUUUGGUCUUGGGUGGCGUCUUCCUGGAAACUGAGCAGCUUCUUCAUGAUCAUCCUAAUAAAUUUUACGUCUCUGGC